AUGACCGUUCCACAACCGCCGCCUCAACGUCCAGUUGCCACGGCUUUACCGGAUGCUCCACCAUUCGACUUCUUCACUCCCACUCAAUGGGAUGUUCUCUUUGCCCUCGUCGAUGGUGUUUUGCCUUCCAUCACCUCUGAGUCUGCUGUGACCGACCACCAGGGCCAGAUUCAACUGCCCGAUCAUGAGAUUGACAAUGUUCUCGAUUCUAGUACCAAGUCUUUGGCUGCUCCAGCCACGAGGGACAAUAUUCGUGCCUUUCUCCAAGAGAGGCCAGCCUAUGACGCGCGCUUCAGGGAUAACCUCAUGAGGACUCUGGCUUUAUCCCCUCCAGCGCAGCAGAAACGUCUAGCCGGCUUACUCAGUAUAAUGUCUACUCGUCCGGGUAGCUACUUUAUUACUGGCUACUGGCAACCUAUAUAUAAUCAACCUGCCCAUGUCCGUGAAGCCAUCAUCAAAUCGUGGGCUACAUCCCCUCGCGAGCGUUGGUCCGCACUGGCCAAAACAAUGUCAUCUUUAUCUUUCAAGUCAUAUUCCCAGACUAGCCCGCUCUUGUUCGAGUUUUCGGGCUACUCAGAUACACCCCAGCACUGGCAGCCAAAGCAAUCGUUCGACUUCAGCUUCAUCCAAGUCGAGGCUGAUGAUGAGCCGCAUAUUAUUGAGACCGAUGUUGUCAUCGUUGGCUCUGGCUGCGGAGGAGGCGUGUCUGCUAGAAACUUGGCCGAGGCUGGUCACAAGGUUCUCGUCGUGGACAAGGCCUAUCACUACCCUGCUGAGCACCUUCCGAUGUCACAGGAAGCAGCCUGCGCUCAUUUGUUCGACAAUGGUGGCUUCUUUAUAACAGAAGAUGCUGGAGCAACCGUGACUGCGGGCAGCGCCUGGGGUGGAGGAGGCACCGUCAAUUGGAGCGUAUGCCUCAAGCCCCAGGACUUUGUGCGAAAGGAAUGGGCAGAUGCAGGUCUUCCUUUUUUCACAUCUUCCAAGUUCGACGAGUGUCUAGACCGCGUGUGGGAGUUUCAGGGGGCUGGCACCGAUCAGAUACGCCAUAAUCAUCGCAACAAAGUUCUGCUCAAUGGCUCACGCAAGCUCGGAUGGGCGUCAUCUCCUGCUCCUGUCAACACGGGCGGAAGGGAGCACUUUUGCGGCCAGUGUCACCUGGGCUGUGGUCUGGCCGAGAAGAGGGGUCCGGCCGCGAGCUGGCUGCCGGAUGCUGCCAAAGCCGGUGCACAGUUCAUGGAAGGUUUCCAGGUGGACAAAGUCACUUUUGAUUCCGAUGGACAGACUGCCAUUGGCGUUGAAGGAGACUGGACUUCAAGGGAUAGCGAAGGAGGCGUGAGCGAUUCGGUUGGUGACAGAGUCAAGAGGCGAGUUGUGGUCAAGGCCAAGAAGGUGAUCCUUGCUGCCGGCUCAAUAUGGAGUCCGCUCGUUCUCAUGAAGAGCGGCAUUACUAACCAACAUGUGGGAGCCAAUCUGCACCUGCAUCCUUGCAACUUCGUCACAGCAGUAUACAAGGAAGAAACCAGGCCUUGGGAGGGAGGUAUCAUCACAAGCUACUCCUCUCAGUUUGAUAACCCUGACGGCAGUGGGUACGGAACCAAACUGGAGACCACUUGCAUGGUGCCGUUUACAAUUUUGACUCAACCAUCAUGGGCCAGCGGCUUAAAGGCAAAGCUCCAUAUGUCGAAAUAUCGUCACAUGGAUGCCUGGAUUUCUCUGACAAGGGACCGCGAUGGAGGCAGCGUCUUUCCUGACCCAACGACUGGUCGACCUCGCAUUGAUUAUACUCCUUCAGACUAUGAUCGAGCCCACACUAUCCAGGGCGUAGAAGCUCUGGCCAAGAUCUGCUAUGUCACGGGAGCAGUCGAGAUACGCCCUCUGCUGCCCGGUCUGGAACCCUUUCUCCGCAGCGGAGAGAGCUCGUCGGAGCAUUCUCUCGACUCUCAGGGGUCAGUGGCCGACCCAGAGACCAGCGACCCAGCCUUUGCAGCCUGGAUCGGCCGCGUCCGUGAAGUGGGCAACAAACCGCCAACGACAGCUUGGGGCUCAGCCCAUCAGAUGGGCACGUGCCGUAUGAGCGCAAGCAGGGACGAGGGCGUGGUGGACGAGAAGGGUCGAGUCUGGGGCACAGAGAACCUGUACGUUGCAGACGGGAGCGUGUUUCCCAGCGCAAGUGGCGUGAAUCCCAUGAUCACCAUUAUGGCCAUUGCGGAUUGGAUAUCACGCGGCGUGGACGCAGAGCUCAGGGUGUGA